AUGGUAUUGGACUCUGUAGCAUCAACACAAAUAAUAAGAGGUCUGCCGAGAACUAUCAAUUUUCUGACGAAGGGAAUGGAAGCAGUCGAAUUUCUAAAAUUCAACAAGGUAGGAUCAAAUAGCAAACCGAAUGCAUUCCCAAUGUUCUACGGUGAG